AAAGCUCAUAGAGGUUCCUCCCUACCCUGACCCUCCCACUCACCACUAAAGUACAGACCCUCCUUUACAACCAGAGGAUGAAGUCCCUUUUCCUCGCUGGAAAUCAGGUGGGAACCAACUCACUUGGAGAGAUGUUGAAAUGAAGCUAUGAAAACCAAAUCCCAAGCAAAUUCCAGGAGACUCCAAAGUAAGCCAAGCAUGACUGAAGCGCGUGGUCUGUUGGGUUUACUUAUGGCUGCCGAUCCAGAAAACUUAGUCUGUGGUUAGUUAGAAGGAACAGCUAAGUCACCAAGUUUGAGUGCUUUCAGGAGUAACCUGAGAAGAGAAGCCCACACUUUGUCACCUGCCACUUCGCUUCAUCAUUGCUGAACUCUCUAGAGGAGCCAUGGAAACAGAAAUGAGACGACCAAACACUGUUAUUUGUUCAUAUGCCCAUGACUUCUGGCAAGUGUGCAUUGGCCUUCAGGAGCUUUCGGCUGAGUUCCAGUUCUGGAGUCAUUCUAAAGCAGAGCCGAGUAAGAAAAAGCCAAGAGUCUGCCCAGAGAAGCCUGCUGCAGAAGGGGGUGAAGAGAGAAGCUUACUGCAGAAGUGGCUGGAUAGAGACGCCUGCUGCAGAGGGAAGCCUGCUGAAGAGAGAAGCCUGCUGGAGAAGUGGCUGCAGAGAGACGCAUGCCGCAGAAGUGGUGGCAAAGAGCAUCCUGCUGUGGACAGAAGUGGUGGCAAAGAGCAUUCUGCUGUGGACGUGGCUGUAGAGACAAUUGCGACACCUCAGCAGAGCCAAGAAGCCAUGUUCUCACCCAACCCUUGAACUUUCUACUCUCCCAGUGAGAGGGAGGUGCAGAGGAGCAGGCAAGAAGGUGGCAGAAUGCUUCCUUCCAGUGUUUCAGCAAUGUUUGGGCUAGGAUAAGGUAGAAAGACAGUAAAGGUUCCCACAGCGUCCUGCUAAAAA